CAUAAAUAGAAAUAUCGGACGAGCAACGUGAGGUACAGUGUUGUGUGUGUGUUUUAAGAAGCAGUGAGCAAUGUCUGUAGGAGCACGUGUAGUCCGUGGUCCAGACUGGGCAGGGAAAAACCAAGAUGGCGGAGAAGGUGGACUAGGGACGGUAGUCUCCGAAAGUGUUGAUAAUGGCAAGGUCAAGAUUGUGUGGGAUACAGGUCACGAAGGUCACUAUCGUGCUGGACAUGACGGAAGAUUCGAGAUUAGGAUAUAUGACAAUGCUCCGACAGGUGCUGUUCACAGUCGCGUUGUUUGUGACGUGUGCAAGGUGGAUCCAGUAGAAGGCAUACGCUGGAAGUGUGCUACAUGCCACAACUUUGACCUUUGCUCUCUGUGCUACAUGAGUGGAAAACACGAUCUCAGCCAUCCCUUCCUUCGCCACGAAACAGAGAUGUCUACCCUGGUGCCAGUAGAUUCAAGGAAAAUGCUGAAGAAGGAAUACUUACAUGGCAUUUUGCCUGGAGCGAAUGUCAUGAGAGGCUUGCAUUGGAAGUGGGGAAAUCAGGAUGGUGGUUCGCAAGUUGGAGAAGUUACGAAGUUGGUCAAGUGGGGAAAAAACUCGUACCGAGGAGGUGCGAACGUCACGUGGACCAAUGGAAACAACAACACGUACAGAUGUGGUGGUGAAGGCUGCAUGGAUCUCAUCUUGAUAGCUGAAACAAAAGCCUCAUACUAUUUUCCACACCACCUUCCUGUGCUAGAUGUAAAAAAUCAGUCAAAGAGUGAGGUGAAGAAAGGAGAUAAAGUGAGAGUGGAUGUAGCCAGGGAAACCGUGAAGAAGAUUUUAUCCGAGUCAUCAGCGUGGGAUGAGAAAAUUCUAGAUUAUUUAUCUCAGCUGGGGACCGUGGUUGAAUUAAAGGCUAACCGGAUUGCUAGACUUCAGUAUGAGGAUGCAGAGGCUUUCAAUAUUUAUACCUCCAUGCUGACCAAGGUUCAUUCUUUCGCCGCUGGAGAUGUGGUGCAGAUCAUCCCAAACGUAAAUGCACUCCAGGAACUGCAGAGAGGACAUGGUGGUUGGAACGACCAAAUGGAAUAUACUGUUGACAGUUUUGGGAUUGUUGAGGAGGUUGAUGAUGAUGGUGACCUGAAGGUGAAGGUCGGAGACAAGAAGUGGCUGUUCAGCCCGGUUUGCUGUCGGAAUGUGGAGGCUGAAUCGUUGACCAAGUCUCAGAACACCGAGGUCGGGAGAAUCAACCCAGAUCUGAAGGUGAAGAAACCAACGCCAGCUCAAAAAUCACCUGAGACGUCAGGAAGAGACGUUGGCGAUAACCUUGCUGAAUUGCUGCUGAAGUUGCUCACAAAACAGUCAGAAGAGAGUGAUUCAUCUCCACGUCAUCUUAUAGAAGCUGCUGCCCAGGCUGACUUGGAUGGGGUGACUAAGAUACUGAAGGCAAAACCGGAUAUGGUGAAUGAGACUGUUGAUGGAAUUAAUGCCCUGCAGAUGGCUUGUUACAAGGGCCACAGCGAUAUCAUCACUUUUCUGCUGAAAUCCAAUGCAGACGUUAACUUUGCAGAUAAAGAAGGCGACACCCCACUUCAUUUUGCCAUUUCUGAGAAACGUGUAGAAGUUGCGAAAAUCCUUGUUCAGAAACAGGCUAAGCUUGACUUAAAGAACAAGAAAGGCUUUACCCCGUGUCAUCUCGCUGUGAAUAACAACCUUGUUGACGUCGUGGAGACACUCACACUGAAGGGAUGUGACGUUAACACUCAGGAUAAGGAUGGAGACACACCACUCCAUGAUGCUUUGUCGAAGGAAGCUAUUCCCGAGAUAUUGCUCAACCUCAAGACAACUAAAUUUGAUAUCUACAACGAAGGUGGAUUAACUGCUUUUCACCAGGCAAUAAUGGAGAACAAGGAAAAAUUUGUGCAACAAAUGCUCAAGAAACAGCCUUCCAUUAUAAAACAGAGAACAAUGAUAGGGGAGUUCACUCCACUCCACAUCGCAGUUGCAAACGGAUUUGUAUCCCUUGUUAAUGUGUUGAUCAGUGAGGGAAAAGCCGAUGUGAAUGCACGAGACGGCUCCAUGAAGAUUCCACUUCACUUGGCUGUAAUGAAGAGAUCUAUGCCGCUGGUCGACAUUCUUCUCUUUGCAAAAUCUGAUAUAAAUGCUAAAGACACUGACGGGAAUACUCCUUCUCACCUGGUCCAGAUGAAAGCUUCAUUAGCAACAGCCACAACAAUAUCGGCAACACAGUCGCUGAUGGCAGUGGAUGACGAUGCUCCAAUCGACAUCCCCUACAUGCUGGCACAGCACGGCCCUGAUCUCAGCAUCAAGAACAAACAAGGCCAGACUCCGACAGACCUUGUCUCAAACAAAGGCUAUGCUAAACUGCUCAUCAAAAUUGCAAAUGCAUCAAAAAAGACUGCAACAACCCCAAAGACUACCACAGCAGAAGCUAACGCCAGCAAUGAACAAGGCCCUCCGAAGUACUGGUUGUCGAUGGAUAAUAAAACAUUGAUGAAAGUGUUGAUGGAGCCCACAGAACCGCUGACAAAAGAGGAACACAAGAAAGUGACGCAGGCUUUCAAUCGUACGCUCAUCAACAAGUCCAUUGUAAAGAUUGAACGAAUACAGAACCUGGAUAAAUGGGAACAGUUCGCAGUUAAGAAGAAGACCAUGGAACGAAAGUAUGGCCGAGGCUUAGCUAACGAACAGCUGUUGUUCCAUGGUACAAAGGCGGACGUGGUGGAUCGGAUCGUGGCUCAAGGCAUUGACUUCCGGCUUGUGGAGCGUGCACUGUAUGGAGAUGGGGCAUACUUCGCUUCAGAAUCCAAGAUAUCUGAUUACUACACCCAUCCGGAUGGUAACGGUCACAGCUUUAUGUUCAUG